AUGCAGCUCUUGAUCUUCAUCGCUGCCGUGACCCUUGCCCAUGCUGACCACUGCACCGAUCCACUUGCAGCACCUGCAUCGGCCUCGUCUUUGCUACAGCAGGCGCAUGCAACACAAGCGCAGCAGCCUCAUGGACUGUUUGGGAAGAAGGGCAUGUCCAACAUGGAAAUGCAGAGUGCCUCUAACGCUGCAGGAUUCUUCUCGAUUCUCGUGUCGUCUUUGAAAGCAAUUGGUGUUGCAGCUUCCGUCAUCGCUGUAGGGGUGUUGGCUACCCGCCAGGGCAUCAUCACCCUGGCGGUGCGAAAGGCCAUGGGGGAAAUCACAAUGAAGCUCGCAAUUCCGGCACUGUUGUUCUCCCGAAUCCUCUACUGCGAUCAGUGCAACACAGGUGGGAAUCAGUGCGCACCUUGCCAGCCUUUUGUGAGCAUCAUCCUAAGCAGCUGGAUCCUCUUCCUCCUACCGAUGGUGGUUGUAGGACUUGGCGUGCUGUUGGGCAAGACUGCAGCAGUUUUAACGUCUGCGCCCAGCGAUUUCUCCCGGGGGACCGUUUGUGCCGUGGCCUUCGGCAACUCAACAGGUUUGCCGAUUGUUCUUUUGUCCGUGAUCUCCUUAGGCACUCCAGCCACAGGGAGCAUGGGCAGCAUCGACCCUCUUCUGCGCCUUCCGGUUUACUUAAUGCUCUAUCCCGUCCUUCAGUGGGGAGUUGGCCGUUACCUCCUGAAAGAAGACGAGGACUCGGACAAGGCCGGACAAAGCUUUGGGUUCCGGGCCAUGCUUGAACAGGCCCUGGUACCUCCUGUCAUUGCGGCGCUCCUUGGUUUGGUCAUUGGCGUCUCACCGGUGAGGGCUUGGAUGGUGGAUGUCUUCGACCAGGAUAACGAUGCACCUCUGACCUGGCUCUAUGACGGCAUCUACAAGCUUGGGGAUGCGGCAGUGCCUCUGAACCUCCUUGUCUUGGGCAGCGCUCUCUCUAAAGGGGCAAACUUUGAAGCUCUUCCGAUCAGGGUGGGGGUUGCCAUCGUGCUCUGCAAGUUGGUCUUAAUGCCGCUCUGCAUGAGUCUCAUCGUCUAUGGGCUGAUCCGCAUUGGGCCCAAGGAUCCUUCCUUGUGGCUGGUUGCUUUGAUCGUCAGCUGCACGCCGACCGCCAACAAUGUCGCAGUGAUGGCUGAAUCCGGUGGCCAGAACAAGGAUGCCAUGUCUACAGCCAUCUUCUUACAGUACCUAGUUGCCCCCUUAUGCGUGGCAACCUCCAUUGCCUAUUUCAACAUGCUCCUUUCCUCCCCUUGGUACUUGCCAGCGAUGCAGAGCCUUUAG